GGACAAAAAAAUAUCUCCGGAAGUAGGAGGGUGUACGAUGAGGUUUUAGAGAGGUUUCAUUCUCUCUUGUUCAUUCGCCCGAGCCUCCCCCGAGUCCGAGAGACCUUAUCUCCAAUGGCUUCUUCAACAGCCGCCUACGCCAUGAGCCACAGAGCUCAAAUUCAAUAUCCAACAUGGCCUAAGCCCCCAAAAUCCACCAAAGCCCACAAAAACCUCCACUUCCUCUCCACCCCUACCGCUCACACUCUCUCCAAUGCGGGGGCAGUCUCCUCCUCAUCCUCUCCCUUCCCUGUUAACCCCAAAUCCCCCUCUUCCUCACUUCACUUCCAACCCUUUCGAGACGCGGUUCAGGACAAUAUCAUUGAGAAUCUCGAAAAUUCGAUCAGUUUUCAAAUACCCACCGACUUAGACUCCGAAACUAGUGAAAUUAUCAGUCACGAAUCACGAAGGAGUAUCUUCAUUUUGGACCCGCCAUGGAUUUCUACCCUUUUCUUGAAGGGUUUGUAUAAGAAAACGAACCAGGAUUUGAAUCGAGAGUGCAAGGAAAUCGAGAAGACAAAGUACAAUCUGUUGAGGAGGCGGCAGAUUAAGGAAGAGACUGAGGCAUGGGAGAGGAUGGUGGAGGAGUAUAGGCAAUUGGAGAGGGAAAUGUGUGAGAGGAAGUUGGCGCCGAACUUGCCGCAUGUCAAGGGAUUGUUCUUGGGGUGGUUGGAGCCGUUGAGGGAUGCAAUAGAGACAGAGCAAAAGUCGCAGCGGUCAAAGAAGCAGAAGGUAGCUUUUGCGCCCCACAUUGACUUGUUACCGGCUGAUAAGAUGGCGCUCAUUGUUAUGCAUAAGUUGAUGGGGUUGGUGAUGGUGGGGCACGACAAUGGCUGUGUUCAGGUUGUGCAGGCUGCAGUGCAGAUUGGCAUGGCUAUUGAGCAGGAGGUUAGGAUUCAUAGUUUCCUGGAGAAAACGAAGGAUUACCUAAAAAAGAAUACAAUAAUCAAUUCUCAAGAUGGUCUGGAAAAGGACAAGGAGAUGGUCAGGAAACGUGUGAAAAGCGUGAAAAGCUUAAUCAAAAGGAAAAGACUCACUGAAGUGCAAAAGCUAGUGAAAAAUGAUGAAACUAAACCUUGGGGUAGAGAUACACAAGCUAAGCUCGGGAGCCGUCUGAUUGAACUGUUGAUUGAAACAGCUUUUGUACAACCUCCAGUUAAUCAGUCAGCAGAUACUCCACCUGAUGUUCGACCUGCAUUUAGGCACAAAUUGAAAACUGUGGGGAAGAACACUGGGCAGAGAAUAGCAAAGAAGUACGGAGUUAUAGAAUGUGAUCCCCUUAUUCUUACUGGGCUUGAUAGAUCUCAGGCUAAGCAUAUGUUGAUUCCUUAUGUGCCGAUGCUGGUGCCACCUAAGAAAUGGAGAGGAUAUGACAAGGGCGGCCACUUAUUUUUACCUUCUUAUCUGAUGCGCACUCACGGGUCUAAGAAGCAACAAGAUGUACUGAAGAGUGUUCCUGCAAAGGAUAUGGGGAAAGUUUUUGAGGCCCUGGAUACCCUUGGAAGCACCAAAUGGAGGGUGAAUAGGCGAGUGCUUGCUGUGGUGGAGAGCAUCUGGACAAGUGGUGGCAAAAUUGCAGGCUUAGUUGAUCGUGAAGAUAUUCCCAUACCAGAGAAGCCACACUCGGAGGAUGUAACAGACAUCCAAGAAUGGAAAUGGAAUGUGAGAAAAAUAAAGAAGAUUAAUCGAGAGAGGCAUUCCCUACGAUGUGACACUGAACUUAAACUCUCUGUGGCUCAAAAAUUGAAAAAUGAGGAAGGCUUUUAUUAUCCUCACAAUCUUGAUUUUCGAGGCCGUGCUUAUCCAAUGCAUGCACAUUUGAAUCAUCUAAAUUCUGAUUUGUGUCGAGGAGUUCUUGAAUUUGCUGAAGGACGACCAUUAGGAAGGUCUGGAUUACGAUGGUUGAAGAUUCAUUUAGCAAACCUUUUCUCUGGCGGGGUUGAGAAGCUUUCUCAUGAUGGUCGCCUUGCAUUUGUCGAGAAUCAUCUGGAUGAUAUUUUUGAUUCGGCAGAAAACCCUGUUAAUGGAAAGCGCUGGUGGUUAACAGCAGAAGAUCCUUUUCAGUGCUUAGCUGCUUGUAUUAAUCUUUCGGAGGCCUUAAAGAACUCGUCACCUCAUACAGUGAUAUCCCACCUGCCAAUUCAUCAGGAUGGCUCAUGUAAUGGCCUGCAGCACUAUGCUGCCCUUGGGAGAGACAAUAUGGAAGCGGCAGCAGUGAACUUAGUUGCUAGAGAGAAACCUGCUGAUGUUUACUCGGAAAUUGCUGCGAGGGUUCAUGAAAUUAUCAGAAGGGACAGCAACAAGGACCCUGCUACGAAUCCAAAUGCUUUACUAGCCAAGGUCCUAAUUGAUCAGGUUGAUCGGAAGUUGGUUAAACAGACGGUGAUGACUUCAGUAUAUGGUGUCACUUUUAUUGGGGCACGAGAGCAAAUAAAAAAAAGACUAGAGGAGAAGGGUCUUAUUACAGAUGAUAAACUUCUUUUUUCUGCUGCUUGUUAUGCUGCUAAAGUGACAUUGACUGCCCUUGGAGAGAUAUUCCAAGCUGCACGUGGCAUAAUGGGUUGGCUUGGCGAUUGUGCAAAGGUUAUUGCUUCUGAAGAUCAACCAGUGCAGUGGACUACUCCACUUGGUCUUCCUGUUGUGCAACCUUACUGUAAAAGCGAACGACAUCUGAUAAGAACUUCUCUUCAGAUUAUCGCCUUGCAGCGGGAGAGUAAUUCCGUUCAAGUCAGAAAACAGAGAACUGCUUUUCCUCCAAAUUUUGUGCAUUCACUAGAUGGUUCACACAUGAUGAUGACUGCUGUUGCUUGCCGGGAUGCUGAUUUACGCUUUGCAGGCGUGCAUGACUCUUUCUGGACACAUGCAUGUGAUGUGGAUUUGAUGAAUCGGAUACUUCGUGAAAAAUUUGUGGAGCUCUAUAGAGUGCCAAUACUGGAAAAUUUGCUUGAAAGCUUCCAGACAUCAUAUCCGAGAUUGAAAUUCCCUCCUCUCCCACAGAGGGGCAACUUUGACAUGCAAGAGGUUCUCAAAUCCCCAUAUUUUUUUAACUGAUUCUCACCCAACCAGGGCAUUUGCACUUCCAUUGGAAUUGGCAGGUUUUACGAUGGCAUGUUCACAAUGGCAUGUUCACACCGAAUGGAGCUAAAAGUUGGUUUUUUUAAAGUACAAAAAACCUGAGUUUGCUCCAAUAACAUCGGCGACCGAUCAAAUGCCAGUCUUUCUGGACUACCAAAAGAUUCAUUGAAAGGCAACCACUCACCCAAGUAGGUGAGUGAUUUAGCAGGUGUGAUGACCAUCAGGCUAGCCAAAUCAAGUUUUGUCAAGUGAACAUUCUAUUGCAUUGCUGUGACACGGGAGACUUAUUUAGAGGCGGGUGGUGGAUACUUGCAGCUAUUUUUCCGGCUGUGGGAGCUGAGCCGUCACAGUUCAUACCAAUUCUAUUCAAGUAGUUUUAUGUGGUGUGUAUAUUGUAUAUUUGUACAUGUAUAAGCAUAGAGAGAGAAGACGGCGAAGCCAUUCCGCAGCAGUGACACAUUAAAUGUAGUAUGUAAACUACAGAUGACAAGUAGUUUUUGGCAACAUACAUAAAGAGAUGAAAUGAAGCUUCUUCUUUUUCUUCUUCUU